AUGGUCAAGUUCAUCUCCACCCUCUUGGUUGCCGCCACCUUGGCCGUUGCUUCCUUCACCACCGCUGCCCCCGUCAACAAGACCGCCGAGCCCAAGAUCAAAGCCGCUUCUUCCGAUUUCUCCGGCAAGGCUACCUGGUUCACCGACUCAUACGGCUCGUGCAACUACCACUGGAACGGCGACAACGAGAACAUCGUCGCCCUGAACGCCCACCAGAUGGGCUCCCAGUCCUGGGGAAACCCCGAGUGCAACAAGCGUGUUCGCAUCACCAACAAGGCCAACGGCAAAUCCGUCGAGGCUCGCAUCGUCGAUACCUGCCCCGGUGACGAGUGCGCCUUUGGAUCCCUUGACCUCUCGCCCAAGGCCUUCAAGACCAUUGGUGAUCUUGAUACCGGUAUCCUUAACAUUGAUUGGUACUACAUCUAA